GAGUCAGUAACAUUCAUGGCCCAUGAAACCAGAAAUAUGUUUCAUCAUUCAUUCAUUCACUCCUGUCUUAAGUCCAUGCUUCCGAAACAGCUGAUUUUGACAGGUAAACAGAACAAGAUCAAUAAAAAGUCUAAAGAUCAAGAUAUCGCUAAAAUGGAUCGCAAUUUACCACGACGAAUGUCGAGUGCAAACCCUUUCGCUUCAUUAUUUAGGGGUACCAGCCAAGAUCAUUCUGACCCUCCUGAACCCACCCUGAAUGAUCAACUUGAGAAAAUUUUUAGUUUUACCCUUAACGAAAAAGCAACAUUAACCAAGGAGAUUCUCUUUCUUGAAGAAACUCACAAAGAACUUGACACAACUAUACUAAAUAUAGACAAUUUAGAUCAAGCAUUAUAUGAUCGUUUGUUCAUGUGUCAAAAUGAUAAUGAAGUCUUAAAAAAGAAUAAGCGACUGGCCUUUAGAAAUCCACAUGCUAUAGAAGUUCAACCCAUCAAAUACUUAUAUAAGAGUUAUGUGCUGUUGCAUGCCAAUAUCCACCUUAAAGCUGAGCACAGGCUGUUGUUAAAAGACAAAAUCAUUCAGAGUGUGGCAACUUCUAUUUUCCAACCGGAUAUUUUUCCUGAUCAAGAUUUGGAGCAACAAAUGAUUGACUUGUUAAAAGAGGGUGGGGCACAACAUGAUACUUUCUUUGUUGAGGUUGCUAGAAGAAUGUUAGAUGAAGAAAACAAUGAUGAUAUAGUUUUAACAUCAUUUAUUGAUCAGAUGAACAGAAAAGUAACAGCCGAGUUGCGCAAAAGCUCGUUAGUUAACAUCGACUACUCCCUAUUUAAUUACUUUAAUGUCUUCACUGCCAAUGAUUAUUUAGCUGAGAUAUUUAUGGAUUGCUGUGUCCCAUUUGAACUGCACAAGGGCUCAGAAUAUGCUAAUACACCUAUAGGUGCUUUAUUUGACUUAUCUGUUCUACCUAAAGAUGUUAAAACACAACCUUAUGAGCAUUUCACAAGUCCUAUGGAUCAGGCUGGCAACCAAAGGGUAGAGGGUCUACUUUGGCAAAGCUUAGACAAACUGAAUGAGCAUGUUCAUCAAUUUUUGCUCACUUUACUAAAGCGCAAUACUAUCGUUAAAAAUAAAGUGCUUACUUGGGUUGGCGGUUGCCUCAAGUAUAAUCUAGAGAGAGGAAAACUUUGGAAUAUGCAUCAACAAUCACCACAAGCGACUUUCCCAAAUGAAAGCAACAGUCCGGUUUCUGACGGGUUUAUGCUUAACUUUUGCAGUAUAAUGUUAAGGUUAUGUCGACCGUUUUGCUCUAACUUUAAAGAUAAUAAGAUUUUAAAGGUCGAUCCGACCUACCCAGCUGUGCCCACAGUCAAUGAUGCAUUGGCAGCAGCUUCGAAAGGCAUCCACAUGUACGGUCUUUCUUCGGAGACUUGUUUCAUUCCUGUAGAGUCAAUUGAUGGUCUGGAAGAGACCCGGAAAACAGCAGAAAAAUAUAAUUUUAUCACCGAAAGUUUCUUUAUGGCUCAUAAAUCGAUCGAUUUAUCUUAUAGGGUUGCCGUGGAUCAGAUGUUGAAUUUAAAUCAUGAAAUUGGAAGGCUAGAGAAAGCGUAUAAAGAUGCCAUGCAACAAGUCGGGUCCAAUUCUGAGGUUGUUACUGCUCUUAAUAAGAGACUUAUGGCAGAAUAUACUAAAUUCUUUUCCUUAAAGUGCGUCUUGUCAGAACCAAAUCUAUUAAAGGACAUGUUUGACUUUAUGUCGGCCACAUGUUAUUGGUUAUGUCAGCUGGUUAUGAAAACCGAAUUUCCAGAAAACGAAACCGCCACUUUCGCUCCACUGGAAGAAAGACCUAUUGUAUUUCCUUUGCCUACAAAAAUUCCAUUUACACUCAAGUGCAUUCCAGAAUUUCUCGUUGAAAAUAUAGUAUCUUAUUUAGUAUUUCUACGACGUUACUCCCUAAGAACUUUCGAAGAAGUGGGCUACGAGAAAAUGGAACCCGUUUUAACAUUUCUACUCGUUUUCAUGGGCUCAAAGGACCAUAUGAAGAACCCUCAUAUAAGGGCGAGAUUGGCGGAAGGGUUGGAGUCGUUGUUGCCACAUCACAAAGAUGAAAUGAUGCCGGAUUGCGGAGGAUAUCAGAGGCAAUUGAUUUUUACCCACCAUCCUCAUAAGCUGGAAAUUGUGAAAAUGCUUAUGAACGUGUUUGUCGGCAUUGAAAUGACCGGGCAAAGUGUGGAAUUUGAACAAAAGUUUAAAUAUAGGAGACCUAUGUAUGCGGUUUUUGAUUACCUUUGGGAAUUGCCUGAUCAUACCGAAUGUUUUAAGACGUUAGCGGUUGAAGCUGAAGCUAACAUGGAAGCAGUUCAUCCACCGCUAUUUCUCAGAUUCGUAAAUCUCUUGAUAAACGAUGCCAUAUUCCUUUUAGACGAGUCUCUAACCAAUAUGGCUAAAUUAAAGGAAAUGCAAACCGCCUACGAUAGUGGCGAAUGGGACAAAUUAGGAUUUCAAGAACGGGCACAAAACAUUAGCUAUCUGCACCAUAUAGGACUGAUGGCUAGAUUCGACAAUAUUUUAGGUAGAGAUACUAUUUCUACUUUAGAGAAGCUUACCUCAAAAAUUACUUCGGUUUUUACACAUCCUACCAUGGUUGAUAGGGUGGCCUCGAUGCUGAACUACUUUUUGCUUAAUCUGGUUGGACCUAAUAGAAAAAAUUUUAAGGCAAAAAAUUUAGAAGAGUAUGCAUUUGAUCCCAAGGGCACAGUACUCCAAAUAAUUAAAAUAUAUAUUAACCUUAAGGAAAAUGAUGAGUUUUGCCUCGCGAUUUCUCAGGACGGUCGAUCAUAUAGUCCCGAACUGUUCCAGUUGGCUGAAGAUGUUCUUAUUAAAGUUGGUGGUGGUCCUCUUCUGGGUGAAAUAAAAGACAUCGCCGAAAAAGUAGCGAGAAAGGCCGAAGAGCACAAAGCAAACGAGGAAGCGAUGGCAGAGGCACCGGAACACUUUUUAGAUCCGAUUAUGUCAACUUUAAUGACGGACCCUGUACAGUUACCUAGUUCCAAACAAAUUGUGGAUAGAACUACUAUAGCGAGACAUCUGUUAAGCGACCAGUCAGAUCCUUUUAAUAGGUCACCUUUGUCGAUGGAUCAAGUUAUUCCGCAGACAGAAUUAAAAGCCGAAAUAGAAAAAUGGGUUCAGGAGAGAAAGAGGAGAGUGAUGACCGAAACGCAAUAAAUUUUUUUAAUAUUUUUUUUAUUAAUACAAUAUUUUGUCUGUGUUUGUGAUAGAUGUGGUGAUGUGUCGUUUCAUUGUUGACACUGUUUAGGGUAUUUUAAGAAAAAUUAUUUGAGUUUUACGGGAUAGCACUAAAAGUUAUAUUCUCCGUAAAGAAUGCCACUUUUUAAAACUAAAUUAAUUAAAUCGUUAUUUUGAAUUAGAGCACUUGGUAAAAACAUAAUCGUAGAUCGUGUUUUUUUUGUACAUUUCACUCUUCCAUCUAUAUAUAUAUAUUAAUAAUAGUUCAAACGACUGUGUUUCGGUGCGUUGUUAAAUCUAUUUUAUCAUUUGUUAUUUAUUUUUAAAUGAUAUCGUCAGAUAUUAAAAAUAUAUAACUUAAUAUUAUAAAA